CUUCAGAUGUGUCUCUGCCCAAGAGUCACCCAUCUUCAAGAGAAAGCCUCGUUCCUCCUUCUGUCUGUGAGGAAAUAAAGACAAACAGCCAGCAUGACUGAAAGCAAAAGGAUGUCCAUGAGUCGAAAACACAACCUGAAGAGCUUAAUGCUCCAGGUAGCAAAAGAUUUGCUAGAGGCUGAGGAGAUAGAGAAAGUGCAGGAGAGGAAGAGAUACAUGGAAGAGCAAUGCCCUCCGCUUUCUUUGCCCAGCAGCAAGGACGAAUUACAGGCACUCUGCAGAGAACUUCAUGAAAAGAUUUGUGUUAUUGAUGAGGAGAGGUACAAUCUUGAACACAAGGCCAACAUGGUUGUUGAUGAGGUUAAGGACUUGAAUAUAAAGAUUGUGGAUCUCAAGGGUAAGUUCAAGAAACCUCCUCUGAAGAAAGUGCGCAUGUCAGCUGAUGCUAUGCUUCAGGCUCUGCUGGGCUCCAAGCACAAGGUGAACCUGGACCUGAGAGCCAACCUGAAACAAGUGAAGAAAGAAGUCAAAGAGGAGGAUAAGGAACUGCGCGAUGUUGGUGACUGGCGUAAGAGCAUUGAGGACAAAGCUGGCAUGGGUGGACGGAAAAAGAUGUUUGAGUCAGAGGCUUAAGCGCAAGGACCAGAGCCAUUGAUUUCCUGUUAUUUUAAUAUUCACAGGUCAACUACACCAUGAACUGUUCCCAUUUGUCUUCAGACAGAUGUUUUAGCCUCUGUACAAGCCUAAAUUGCAUUACCAUUUGAAUCCAGCAGUUCUUUUCAUGACACUCCUUUUUAAAAUGAGCCCAAGGAUGAUGUGAUUUUUCGUAGCCAAAUAAACAUUCUCUUCUAUGAUUAUGAAAAAAUAA